AUGAAACCAGCUAUGGUGGUUCCAGCCAACAUACGUCGUCGUUUUGUUCUUCUUCUGCUUGCAUUCACGUGUUUCUCUCUUAGACUCUGUUCCGGCGAAGACAGAAUCACUUUCUCGACUCCGAUCAAAGACUCACAGACCCUUCUCUGCAAAAGUGGUGUUUUCAGGUUCGGUUUCUUCACUCCCGUAAAUUCCACUACUAGGUUACGUUAUGCUGGGAUUUGGUACGACAAGAUACCGAUUCAAACCGUGGUUUGGGUUGCUAACAAAGACACUCCCAUCAAAGACACUUCCGGUGUUAUCUCCAUCUCCGACGACGGAAACCUCGUGGUCACCGACGGUCGAAACCGCCUUGUAUGGUCGACGAACGUCACAGUACCAGUGGCUCCAAAUGCUACGUGGGUCCAGCUACUAGAUACUGGGAAUCUUAAGUUACAAGAUAACAGAAACAACGGUGAGACUCUCUGGGAGAGUUUCAAGCAUCCUUACAACUCUUUCUUGCCAAGAAUGAAUCUUGGGACCAACAACGGAACCGGAGAGAAUCUUAAGCUUACUUCUUGGAGAAGUGACGUAGAUCCUUCAACAGGGAACUACACAGCUGGUCUUGCUCCUUUCACGUUCCCUGAGCUUCUAAUCUGGAAGAACAGUGUUCCAGUCUGGCGUAGCGGUCCCUGGAACGGUCAGGUUUUCGUCGGUCUACCGGAUGUGGAGUCUCUUCUGUUUCUUGAUGGGUUUAAUCUCAACAAUGAUAACCGAGGAACAUAUUCAAUGUCCUAUGCUAAUGACUCUUUCAUGUAUCACUUUAACUUGGAUCCUGAUGGAGCUAUCUAUCAGAGAGAUUGGAGUACUUCUAGGAAUGCUUGGAGGGUCGGUGUUAGGUUUCCGUCCACAGAUUGUGAUGCAUACGGUAUGUGUGGUCCGUACGGCAGCUGCAACUCUAGAGAAGAUCCGCCAUGUAAAUGCGUUAAAGGGUUUGUGCCAAGGAAUAACAUAGAGUGGGCUGCAAGGAACUGGACUAGUGGAUGUGUGAGAAGAGCUCCAUUGAGGUGCGAGAGGCUGAGAAAUGCUAGGAGUGGUAGUGGAGGAGUAAAAGGAGAUGGGUUUUUGAAACUGCAGAAGAUGAAAGUGCCAAUCUCUGCGGAAACGUCUCUAGCUAAUGAGCAAGCUUGUCCUAUACAAUGUUUAGAAAACUGUUCUUGCACGGCUUAUGCUUAUGAUCGAGGAAUCGGAUGCAUGCUUUGGAGUGGUAGCUUACUUGAUAUGCAAUCAUUCUUGGGAAGUGGCAUUGAUCUUUAUAUUCGACUUGCGGAUUCCGAACUCAAAACACAUAGCAAGCGAGCAAUUAUGAUCACAGCACCUGUGGUAGGUGUUGUGUUUGUUGCUGCAGUCUGCAUUCUUUUAGCAUGCAGGAAGUUCAAAAAGCGUCCAGAAGCACCAGCGAAAGAUCAAAGCGCAGAGAUAUUGUUUAAGAGAAUGGAAGCACUUACAAGUGGUAAUGAGUCUGCUUCUAACCAAGUCAAGCUCAAGGAGCUUCCUCUCUUUGAGUUUCAAGUGUUGGCUACAUCAACCGAUAACUUCUGUCUCAGAAACAAGCUCGGUCAAGGAGGGUUUGGUCCUGUUUACAAGGGGAAGUUACCAGAAGGUCAAGAAAUUGCUGUCAAGAGGCUCUCACGGGCAUCAGGACAAGGACUAGAGGAACUUAUGAACGAAGUGGUUGUAAUUUCGAAGUUGCAACAUCGGAAUCUAGUGAAGUUACUUGGAUGUUGCAUUGAAGGUGAAGAAAGAUUGUUAGUCUAUGAAUACAUGCCAAAGAAAAGCUUGGACGCGUAUCUAUUUGACCCAUCUAAACAAAAGAUUCUUGAUUGGAAGACAAGGUUCAACAUAAUGGAAGGAAUAUGCAGAGGACUCUUGUACCUUCACAGAGAUUCAAGACUAAAGAUCAUACACAGAGAUCUCAAAGCCAGCAACAUUUUGUUAGAUGAGAAUCUGAAUCCGAAGAUAUCUGAUUUCGGACUUGCAAGAGUUUUCCUAGCGAAUGAAGAUGAAGCUAACACUAGAAGAGUUGUUGGAACAUACGGCUAUAUGUCACCGGAAUAUGCAAUGGAAGGUUUCUUUUCAGAGAAAUCAGACGUUUUCAGCUUAGGGGUGAUAUUUCUAGAGAUCAUAAGUGGGAGAAGAAACUCUCACAAGGAAGAGAACAAUCUAAACCUUUUAGCUUAUGCGUGGAAGCUGUGGAAUGAAGGUGAGGCUGCUUCUCUAGCAGAUCCCAACGUCUUUGAUGAAUCUUUUGAGAAAGAGAUACAGAAGUGUGUUCAGAUUGGUUUGUUGUGUGUGCAAGAAGUUGCAAACGAUAGACCAAAUGUUUCAAACGUGAUUUGGAUGCUAACUACCGAGAACACGAACCUCUCUGAGCCGAAGCAGCCUGCGUUUAUAGCAAGAAGAGGAGCUUCUGAGGCUGAAUCUUCUGAACAGAGCAGCCAAAAGGUCUCUAUCAACGAUGUGAGCCUCACAGCUGUAACUGGACGCUAA